GAACGACAGAGGGGAGAACCUGCGCGGGGGAAGAAACUGCUUAGCUUCCCACCCGUGUGAUGGACUCUUCCCACUUAGAUGUACCGCCUGCAGAAGGAGAGAAAUCGCACGCGUGUGAUACGUGUGGUCACAGAUUCGCGCUAGAGAAGCAUCUGCGGACCCACAUGCUCAUUCACUCGGGAGAGAAACCCUAUGCGUGUGAUACGUGUGACUAUAGAUGCUUUAGUAUGACUCAACUCAAGCUACACAAACGCACCCAUACAGGAGAGAAAUCCUACGUGUGUGACAUUUGUUCAUAUUCGUGUUUCAACUCAAGUAGCCUAAGGAUUCACUUUCGAACUCACACGGGUGAGAAACCCUAUGCAUGCGACACAUGUGACUACAGGGGCACUCAGCUAUUCAACCUUGAGUCACACAAGCGAACUCACACAGGAGAGAAACCCUACGUGUGUGAUAUUUGUUUAUAUUCAUAUUCUCACUCGCAUCAUCUGAAGGAGCACUUUCGAACUCACUCAGGAGAAAAGCCCUAUGCAUGUGACACAUGCGAGUACAAAUGUAUGUCAUCCUCUGCUCUCCAGGCACACAAGCGAACUCACACAGGAGAGAAACCCUACAAGUGUGACACAUGUGACUACAGGUGCUCUCACCUAUCCAGUCUUAAGACACACAUGCGCUCUCACACAGGAGAGAAACCCUUUGCAUGUGACACAUGUGACUACAGGUGCAAUCAACCAGCAAAUCUUAAGAAACACAAGCGAACUCACACAGGAGAGAAGCUCUAUGCAUGUGAUACGUGUGACUACAGAUGCUAUGAAGUGGCUAAACUCAAGCAACACAAACGCAUCCAUACAGGAGAGAAACCAUACGUGUGUGACAUUUGUUCAUGUUCAUAUUCUCACUUGAGUGGUCUGAAGGUGCACUUUCGAACUCACUCGGGUGAUAAGCUUUAUGCAUGUGACAAAUGCGAGUACAAAUGUAUGUCAUUCUCUGCUCUCCAGGCACACAAGCGAACUCACACAGGAGAGAACCCCUACAAGUGUGAUAUGUGUGACUACAGGUGCAAUCAACCAGCAAAUCUUAAGACACACAAGCGAACUCACACAGGAAAGAAGCUCUAUGCAUGUGAUACGUGUGACUACAGAUGCUCUGAAGUGGCUAAACUCAAGGAACACAAGCGCAUUCAUACAGGAGAGAAACCAUACGUGUGUGACAUUUGUUCAUGUUCAUAUUCUCACUUGAGUGGUCUGAAGGUGCACUUUCGAACUCACUCAGGAGAAAAGCCCUAUGCAUGUGACAAAUGCGAGUACAAAUGUACGUCAUCCUCUGCUCUCCAGGCACACAAGCGAACUCACACAGGAGAGAAACCCUAUGCAUGUGAUACGUGUGAUUAUAGAUGCUCUCAAAUGUCUUGCCUCAAGCGACACAAGCGCAUUCACACAGGCGAAAAGCCUUAUGCAUGUGACACAUGUGACUACAGGUGCGCUCAACUAUCCAGUCUCAAGAAACACAAGCGAACUCACAUGGGAGGAAAGCCAUAGACACGUGAUAACACACAGCCAAUGACAUAGCUACUGCUUGCAUGUGAUAUGUGUGGAUAUAUUUGCUCUCCAGGAUCGCUGCUAUUCUCAUGAUGUUGUUUUACCCCCCCCCCCUCAUCUUUUAUUUUCUCAUUGCUGAUCAGUUUUCAGAAGUGCUUAGUGCGCUAUUGAUGUAUAGCCACUUCUGCCAGUAUACUGCCAGUAUACUGCCAGCGCCCUUAUAUAUUGCAUAGUUGACAAUGGAAUGCCAACUACAGUAUGGCUUGUAAGUUCGUACCGUGUAAGCUUAGUCUAAAAAGGGAAGUGUCAAAAAUCUGUGUGUGUGUGGAGUAGAAUAUAUGUCGAUCGUAGAUAGUAGACGUAGACAGUCAGGUAAGCGGUGGUAAGUACGGUUUAGUGCAAACACGGAUAAAAUCAGCGUACUCGUAGCGGUCAGAUGUGGCCGACGUCUCCCCCGUUGUCACCAAAACCCCUGUCUUUUAUCCGUCUGCAUCGUCGUCCGACCUGUUUACUCAUUUGUGUCGCGGGUCGUGGGUACAACGACCGGUCACGACCAACGUACGACGGUGCCAGGUAGGCACGCCAACCACCGUCGAUGUUACUCUCUUAAUGAUAAACUCAGCCUCUAUUCUUGUUAAAGUUAAUGUGUUCGUACCAUUUUGAAAUGCCUUCUGUCCACAUUAAAUUAUGUCCGCUCUUAAGUAUGCAGCUAAUGUCUUCUGGGUCCCUCACCGGCCGUCCCUGGGCUUUUGCCUAACUAAUGUGGCAAAUUCCUCAUGUCUCUCUCUCUCUUAGCUAAAACCCCGUACUACAUGAGUGUGUGUGUGUGUGUAUGUGUGUGUG